AACAAGAUGGCCGACGGAAAGACAUAUUAUGAACUUUUAGGAGUGGAUAGAAACGCUUCAGAAAAGGAGGUUUUUUUAAGCUUAUUUUUAUGUAUUUUAUAAAUAAUAUAAUCUACUUUUGUUACUUUUACUUCCAUGCUCGGUUGUUGUUGUUUAAAGGUGUUAGUUUUGAUGUUUUUAGGAAUUAAACUAAAGAAUUAGUUUUGUUUUUUAGAUCACUAAAGCGUAUAGAAAGAAAGCAUUGAAAUGCCAUCCUGAUAAAAAUCCUGAUAAUCCUAAUGCAGGUAGUUUACUUGAAAUGGCCGUCGUAACGUUUUAGUUGUUUUUUAUAGCUUCAAUAAUGUGUAAAUAUUGUUUUAUGUUAUUCGUGGUGAUCUUGGUGUUAUGUACUGUAGUCAUUGUUAUGACAGCCAAUCACGGGUUAUUCAUGCUUAGUAUUUCCAUGUAAACUACCAAAAAGUAGAAACAAGCAUUCACUAGAAGUGAAUACAAAAUUGGGCUACUUUAUAGCUUACCUCAGUAAUGCAAAUUUUUGAUUGCAUGUUUUUAAUGGUGUAUGUUGUCAGUGAUUAGCUGGUUAUGAUAAAAUGUAUGUUUUUGCAGACAUACCUCUGGUAUAUGGAUGGAUAUUUUAAAAGAUUGUUACUAUGUGCAUGCAUUUUGGAAAGAAAAAUACCAAAACAUCAGAUGCAUGUACGCAAUGCGUACCUAUUUUUUUGCAAAGAACACGAAAUUUGGUACCCUCUACAGUACUUUUGAAAUAAAGAUUAAAUAUGUCCUUAUUUUGUCUAGACUUUUCAUAUUUUUUCAAUAACACUCAACAUUUGUUCAUUUUUUUACUUAUUACUGAAUCUACUUUUUCAGCGGAGUUGUUUCACAAACUGAGCAAAGCUUUUGAAGUUAUUGGAAAUCCAAAAGCAAAGGUACUGACUGUUGUUCAAGACUGAUUUUUGUUAUGCAGACUAAAAUGAAAAAUAAUGAUGAUUGUCCCAACAGGCAGCUUACGAUGCAACAUUGAAAGCAAAAGAAAGAGCUCGAUUACGCGUUCAAGCUUUCGACAGCAAGAGAAAGAAAUUUAAAGAAGGUUUGUGUUGUUUUUGAACCUUAAGAAAGGUAGAUUUUACACCUUUUAAGGUAGAUUUUCGAGAAGUCUUUUUCAAAGACGUAAUAUUUAUUUCGCGCGGUUCCUUUCACUCGCCCAAUAAAGCUAGGGGGAAUUCUGAGACAGACUUGUGGCAAGUUUAUAAGACAUAAGUACUUGGAUCACAUUUUCAUGUUCCCGUUAAAAUUUCAGAUUUGGAAGACAGGGAAAAGUCGAGUCAAGAUGACUACGUCAAGGACGAAGUGCUUGUGAAAAAUUUGGAACAAGAAGUAAGAUGAGACUUUGUGUUGCAAACAAAACUUCGAAUUCUUGGGUUAAGAUGUAGUAUAGUUUGCAGUCACGUGAAUUGGCACACCUGCGCAAGACAAGCAUUGGGGAUAAGUGACCUCUUCAAGUUACAUGAUUAAACAUGUAAAAAAAUAGCCAUGAACUUCGAUGCCGCAGAUUGUGGCUUCGGUUCUCGCUACGGACUCGUGUGAAAAGAGUCAGUCAACGCUCUGCCGAAAGUCAUGGGUUUUCUCCGCGUGCUCCGGUUUCGCACAGUUAAGACAGUAAUAUCACAAUUGUUGUAAAGAUAAAAUACAGCAAUUUUCGUCCAAGCACAAACCGCAAACAUUUUCGCGCGUUUGUUUACGUUUGAAACGGGGCGUCUACCGUCGGAAACAGAAAUGUUUCACUGUUCAUGUGACAUUGAAAAGCCUUAAGCUAUUUUUGGCGCAACUGUCAUGUUUUGAUGUGCCUCCGUGCACGUUUCAAUAUUUUCCAGCCCAUGAUAAUACGUUCUAGUCACAAAAAGUAUGAAUAUAAACAAGUUUGGUCGCUCUUGCAAUAUCGUGAGCUUGGAAACAAUGAAAAGUACACGAAAGCACAUCAAAACAUGAAAAAUAACUGAAUUAGGCUUUUCACAAUAACACGUCACAUGAGCAGUGAAACAUGUCCGUUUCCAACGGUAAACGCCACGUUUCAAACGUAAACAAACGCGCGAAAAUGUUUGCGGUUUGUGCUUGGACGAAAAUUGCUGUAGUCUGGACUAAGUAUGUAAUUAGGUAAGCGUAUGAUGCUGAUGAUGUAAAGCGCAUUGAUCGUACCCACAUGCAAAUUUGCACUAUAGAAAGGCUAAUUGUAAUCGUAAACGGUCGCGCGUAUACGCCAAGAAAAUUGAGUAUAGUUGAACUUUCACAGCGUCUCCGUGAACACACAAGCUAUAGACCCAUUGCACUGACGUCACAAAUCCUUAGAGUGUCCUCCAGAUGCUCCCUAACAAUAUCUGUUCGGGUACAACAACCACAUACAGCGCAAAAAUUAACCACUUUAAUACAAAAUUAUUAUGAAUUUUUACAAAAUUUGCUUUGUUUACAAAAGUUAUAUUAUACAUAGAUUGCUAGUUUGUCCUCCAGAUGCAUCGUCACCGGCGCUGUGACGUCAUGUGCAAUGGGUCUGUAGACGUGUAACGUGCGCAUGUUGAACAUGUUCGCUCAUCUGCCCAGACAAAGUGACGGUAGUUCAAAACGACAAAGGGUUUAUUCCAUUUCAGUUUAUUGGUGUUUGAUGAGAGCUUCUAUUGAUCUAGAUUGAACGUCUAAGAGAAGAAGGACUAAAAAUAUUACAACGAGAACAAGAGUUGAUAAAACAACAAAUUGAAGAAGAAAGAAAAAGAACAGAAGCCUCUGUUGGGACGGAAGAAGAUUUUAAUUUCACACCAAAACUGAAGGUGAUGAGAGUUUGUAUAAACUUCUGAAAUGAUACUCACUAGGUCAACCACACAUUGGGUUAAACAACUACAGUGUAGUUUUAUAUAUAGCUACCAGUUUUAAACUGUUCUUCCUAGAGGUCCAGUAAGGAUCAUCUCUUAUUGAUCCAGUGUUGCUACAGGAGGAAACCUAAACUAAACUAACUUUAUUUAUACUGGAUGACUCUAUCAAUUCUAUAUGUUCUUCCUAGAGGUCCAGUAAGGAUCAUUUCUUAUUGAUCCAGUGUUACUACAGGAGGAAACCUAAACUAAACUAACUUUAUUUAUACUGGAUAGCUCUAUCAGUUCUAAACUGUUCUUCCUAGAGAUCCAGUAAGGAUCAUCUCUUAUUGGUCCAGUGUUGCUACAGGAGGAAACCUAAACUAAACUAACUUUAUUUAUACUGGAUAGCUCUAUCAGACUGAGUUCUAAACUGUUCUUCCUAGAGGUCCAGUAAGGAUCAUCUCUUAUUGAUCCAGUGUUGCUACAGGAGGAAACCUAAACUAAACUAAAUUUAUUUAUACUGGAUAGCUCUAUCAGUUCUAAACUGUUCUUCCUAGAGGUCCAGUAAGGGUCAUCUCUUAUUGAUCCAGUGUUACUACAGAAGGAAACCUAAACUAAAUUUAUUUAUACUGGAUAGCUCCAUCAGAUCUAAACUGUUCUUCGUAGAUAGAAAGAGAAAAAGUACCGAGUUUUUAACCUGUGGUUUGGCUGAUAUCUACACUGAAAUCUACACUGAUUCGUAAGCGUGAUUGGUUUAUUCUUUACCCUAGAUUCGAUGGAAAUGUCAAAAAAAUGAUAACACAAAUGGAGGAUACUCGUCAGAGCUACUUCAAUCGAUGUUUAGAAAGGUUGAUAAAUUGAAUAUAUUUCAUGUUAUACUGUAUAAUAUGCAUUAUUAAUUUAUUAACUUCUUCCAAUCUUCUUCUUAGUGCAUGUACAUCCCUACUGACAAAUGAACAAACUUUAAUUUUUGUUGCAGUAUGGUGAAAUUGAGAAUCUCUUGGUAUCAUCAAAGAAGGCUGGAAGUGCUAUCAUUGAAUUUAAAGAUUUUAAAUCUGCCGUGAGUACAACAAAACGUUCUUUAAUCAUCUAGAAGUCAGAGAAUACUGAUUUUUUAUAUCUCAAUCUUUUCUUUCCUUCAGGAAAUGGCAAUUGAGAAUGAGAGAGGGAAUCCCGCCAACCCUUUGAGAAUAACGUGGCUUGAAGGAGCUGUCCCUAAAGUGACCCAUGAUGAGCGACAUGACAGUUCAUCAGCUAAGGUUGAUGCACCCAUAAAUGUAUGUAUGUAUGGAGUGUAUUCUUAUGGGAUUCAAGCCGUUAUUUCCCGAGCAUGUGCCAAACUAGAAAAGCAUGAUCAAAACUGACAAUGGUUCAGGGGUGGAUCUAGCCUCAUCUGCAAGGAGGGGUACAGGUUUUCCGCAUGGGGUGGUGCAUGAGGGAGCCUUACUGCCCACUCUCCUCUGCAAUCUGCAACGCUACUAUCCCAACAUUACCAUUAUUUGAGAUAGCCGAAUCUGCAUGUUCGCCAUUCUGUUACGUUUUACAGUAUCGUUUGUUUAUGAAGUUUAUAUCGGCUUUUUAUCACGUAUGCGUGACUGGACAGUUGCUGUAGCACAGUACAGUAAAUUUGCUUGUUAAAGUACAGUAUAUUUGAAAAUAUGGCUGUAUAUAACAACCUCAACAUGUUUGCAUAUUUAACCAUGAUAUUAGACUAAAGCAUUCUGAGUAUUUUCUCGUGAGCUCACAAAUGAAUUAAAUCGUUUCAAAAAAUCGACACGCGCUAACAGUAGAAGUUCCGCUAAUCGCUAUUCGAAAAGCAGAAAACGUAUGGUCAAGCAGAUUGUUUUAGGAUGGUGCUGGACUUCUCUAGGCGGUGCUAGACACCACUAAAUGUUGAUAUUCCUUGUUUUAAGGUGACAUCUACGAGUGAAGAUAAUUUAGUAUCUGGGAGAGACUUUGAAAGCUUAGUGAUGAGAAAACUACGUCAGGCUGAAGAAAGAAAAAGACUCUGUGAGGAACUCGCGAAUGAAGAUGCAAGCUAGCUAGAAAGGUCAGUGUUAGCAAGCGCGCUGAAUGAAUUACCACCACCUUGUCUUUGGGGAAACAAUGUCAGGAAAUUGCCUACCAAAAGGGAGAUUGGUGCAAUAUUGCAUAGGACAGAAAGUUAUUGAUUCACCUACUGUAAGAUACCGAUAUCAAUUACCAGAUUACUAUUACAAGGUGAAGAAAAACAAAUGAAACUGUUACUCUGCAACAAAAAAUUAGAUAAAAAAUUCCAGUAAACACGAAGCUCCAGGCCGGAAGAUGUUCUGUGACUGGCUGAUUAUGACAAUGACAAAAGACGUAAUUGGCUUACAUAAACAAAACUCGAAAUGAAUAUUGUUCUUGCUUCGUUCUUUAGAAAAUUCAUUCUGUAGUUUAUUCUUUUGUCAUUAUCAACCAAUCACAGAACAUCUUCCUAGAGCUUCGUCAUCUUAAUUCUAUACACCCUUCUGAAACUAAACGGCCGUGGUCAUACAGCCUCGUUCCCGUGAUUAGGGCCUGUUUAUAUGGAGGCGAGUUACUCAGCAACGACGAGAUCCCGGCUAUUAUAGAAACUUGCAGUAAUCCCGGGUGACUGUUUACAUGAUGCAGCCGAGUAACUCGCCUUGCCGAGUUCCCAGCAGAAAGAGGCGGGAUAUCGCCUGGGCGAGAUGAAUAUUUUACCAUGUAAACACUUUGCUCGGAUAACUUUGCUGCCCGAGAUAGAAUGAAUGUGCUUUGCAUUUGAAAUAUGAUGGCUCAAAAAUACAAACGAAUCAUUAGAUAAGUAUUGCAAAAUAUCUUGGCGCUUAUUCUUGUAUUUUCACGACAUUUUGGAAUGUUUUUUAACGUUUCAAAUGACUUUAAAUCCUUUCUGUUUUGGCGCCAUUUCGGCGUCAUGCGGUAAUCACGCAGUAAAUGCCGAGUAACUCGAUUCCAUAUAAACAGAGUGUUUGUUUGUUAUGCCUGGGCGAGGUCAAGGCCAUUAGAGUCCUUGAUUCCUGCUACUGAUAACAUAAACAGAUCUUCUAUGUUCACUUAUAUAACUGUAUGACUUUGUAAAUGUUACCUAAUGUCAGCUGUAAACCUAGUACCGUAAACCUCCGAAUAUAAGCCCCCCGUGUAUAAGCCCACCACAUGUACUAACGCUCACCUCAUUCCAAAUAUAAGCCCCCCCCCCCAAAACGAAUAUAAGCCCACUUGUUUAUCACUAUUAUUCACUAUGCUUAAUUAACACUUGUUUGUCACUAUUACUAUACUUGUUUAUCAAUAUUGGCACUAGCACAAAAGAUUGUCCAUGUAUAACCUUGUAUAAGCCCAUCAAAAAUUGCUUACGAAAGAAUAUAAGCCCACUGGCUUAUAGUCGGAGCUUUACGGUAUCUCAAUUAGGACAUUUUGUUGUUUAUUACAAAACAGUUAACGUGCACCAUUAUUUUCCACUUGAUUAUUGUCAUCACUUUGUUUAUAACAUGUCCAUAUGCAGGUCUGUCCAAUACCCGUCAUGCCGAUCACGUGGUAUCCACGCCCUUCUAGCUUGUUCAAAAUCUUCCUUGGAGGGUCUGGUGAUCGAUAUUCUUUGCUGAGGGUAAGAAACAUCAUGUG